AGGGAGCAGACCGGUAGAACGGAAGGGUUGAAAGAUUCCCAUUGAGAGCGGUCUCCAGGAUUUCUCACCCCCACUGAGGUUUAAUCUCUUCCCCUGGAUUUACACCACAAUUCAACAACCCCGCUGAAAACAAAACGGAAAACCCCGUCCUCUGAGCACUGGAGAGUUUUUUUUUCCCUCAUUUUGCGUGCACGCGUGGGUGUGGGUGUUUUCGCGUGCGCGUGUGUGUCCGUCUGUCUGUGUGCGUGCGUGCGUGUGAGCGUGUGUGUUCGAAGCACCAUUAGCGAUGCUGUUUUAAUUGGAUUUAGCAGGAGAGUGCAGGGCGGAGAGGCUGUGUACAGCUGACUGCCGAGAGCCUCCCUCGCCUCCUCCGUGCCUCCACCGGGCUGAGUGGCUGCGGAAGUCACAUCUCCCCCCCUCACAUCCCUCCGCACGUCAGCGCCCCUCCGCUCCCUCAGCCGCCAGGGAGACGCCUGGACGCACCGGUCCUCGCCAUGGGAGACAAAGGCACGAGAGUUUUCAAGAAGGCAAGCCCAAAUGGAAAGCUUACUGUCUAUCUUGGGAAGAGGGACUUUGUUGACCACGUGGACCUUGUGGAACCUGUCGACGGCGUGGUAUUGAUUGACCCAGAGUAUCUGAAGGAAAGAAAAGUGUUUGUGACACUGACCUGCGCCUUCCGGUAUGGACGAGAGGACCUGGACGUCUUGGGCUUGACAUUCCGGAAGGACCUCUUUGUGGCCAACAUACAGGCCUUCCCACCUGUGCCUGAAGAAAAAAAGCCCUUGACCCGUCUUCAAGAGCGCCUGAUUAAAAAGCUUGGGGAGCAUGCAUACCCUUUCACCUUUGAAAUUCCCCCCAAUCUUCCAUGUUCAGUAACCUUACAACCAGGACCAGAGGAUACUGGCAAGGCCUGCGGUGUUGAUUUUGAAGUGAAGGCUUUUUGCGCUGAGAAUGUCGAAGAGAAAAUCCACAAAAGAAAUUCAGUGCGCCUGGUCAUUAGGAAAGUGCAGUACGCCCCAGAGAAACCAGGACCACAGCCCAUGGCAGAGACCACGAGACAGUUCCUCAUGUCUGACAAACCGCUCCAUCUGGAGGCUUCACUGGACAAAGAGAUUUACUACCACGGAGAACCAAUCAAUGUAAAUGUUCAUGUCACCAACAACACAAACAAGACUGUGAAAAAGAUGAAAAUCUCAGUGAGACAGUAUGCAGAUAUAUGUCUUUUCAACACUGCACAGUACAAGUGCCCAGUUGCGACGGAGGAGUCUGAUGACGUAGUUGCUCCCAGUGCCACAUUUUGCAAAGUAUACACUCUUACUCCUUUCCUGGCCAACAAUCGAGAGAAAAGAGGUUUGGCCUUGGAUGGAAAACUAAAGCACGAGGACACAAACCUGGCGUCCAGUACAUUAUUAAAAGAGGGAGCCAACAAGGAGAUCCUGGGGAUUAUUGUCUCUUACAAAGUAAAAGUGAAGCUGGUCGUGUCACGGGGCGGACUCUUGGGGGAUCUUGCUUCGAGUGACGUUGCCGUUGAGCUGCCUUUCACAUUAAUGCACCCUAAACCCAUUGAGGAGUCCUGUUACAGAGAUGCUCCAGAAACGGACGCGCCCCUUGAUACGAAUCUCAUAGAGUUCGACACAAACGAUGACGACAUCAUCUUCGAGGACUUUGCGCGUCAGAGGCUCAAGGGGGCCAAAGACGAUAAGGAUGAGGACGACGAAGGCGCCAACUCGCCCAAGCUGAACGACAGAUAAAGGCGCGGCCCCUCCCGUUCGUUACCGUGAU